GACUGGCAGUUUCCCCCAGCUCCUUGCACAGUCCGAUCUUUCCAUGCUGUCGUCAAGCGCUGCUUCCUGUACAUCUCCCAACCCUGACACAGACAACCCAGACAAGAAGGUCCGCUGGUCUUCUGAGAAGAGAAGGAGGGCAUCAUCCACAGACUCAGAGUCAAAGACUCACUUGGACAUUUCUAAGUUGCCCAGGUCCCGGAGACCCAGCCGGCUGACGGUGAAGUAUGACCGGGGUCAUCUGCAGCGCUGGCUGGAGAUGGAGCAAUGGGUAGAUGCUCAGGUUCAGGAACUCUUCCAGGGUCAAGCAGAUACUUCUGAGCCCGAGAUCGAUCUGGAAGCUCUAAUGGAAUUGUCCACAGACGAGCAAAGGACUCAGCUGGAGGCCAUUCUCCAAGACUGCCCAGGCAACAGAGAGCCUUUUAUCUCUGAGCUACUCAGUCAACUCAAGAGACUUCGGAGACUCAGCAGGCCUUCGAAAUAAUCUUGGAGGGACCAUCUUCUGUAGCCUCAGCACUGCCAGGAUCCACAGGAUUCUGGCCACCAUCUACAGCCCUGACCUGGAUACUGGCUGAAAGGCCUUUGAUAUAGAAAAGGGCUGCAGAAGACAGAGAGAGACACUUGUAUAGCCCAUGUAUGAGGGCACCCACAGUUGGCUUUCAUCUGGGCUCUCUGGGGGUCAGUUGUGGCUAUUGUCCAAUGUUUUCCUUGGCAGCCAAGAUAAAACCUUUGGGAGCCCAGA